UUCGAGGGGCGGGAGGAAGAGAGCAGAGUUUGGCUGGGCACCUUCCCUACAAAAAGGCGGGCGGAGCCGAAAACCAAACAAACGACUUCUGAGAGAUUGGGGGCGGGGCUGACGGCGGCAGGCUUAGCUUCCAGAGCCAAGGCCUUCCGCCGCGUUGGUUUUUCGGUUGUUGAUCGCGGUGGGCGGGCGGUCUGUGGUCGGGCUGAGACGCGCGGAGCAAUGGCGACCUUUGUGAGCGAGCUGGAGGCGGCCAAGAAGAACUUGAGCGAGGCCCUGGGGGACAACGUGAAACAAUACUGGGCUAACCUAAAGCUGUGGUUCAAGCAGAAAAUCAGCAAAGAGGAGUUUGACCUUGAAGCUCAUAGACUGCUCACACAGGAUAAUGUCCAUUCUCACAAUGAUUUCCUCCUGGCCAUUCUCACGCGUUGUCAGAUUUUGGUUUCUACACCAGAUGGUGCUGGAUCUUUGCCCUGGCCAGGGGGUUCCGCAGCAAAACCUGGAAAACCCAAGGGAAAGAAAAAGCUUUCUUCUGUUCGUCAGAAAUUUGAUCAUAGAUUCCAGCCUCAAAAUCCUCUCUCAGGAGCUCAGCAAUUUGUGGCAAAGGAUCCCCAAGAUGAUGACGACUUGAAACUUUGUUCCCACACAAUGAUGCUUCCCACUCGAGGCCAGCUUGAAGGGAGAAUGAUCGUGACUGCUUAUGAGCAUGGGCUGGACAAUGUCACCGAGGAGGCAGUUUCAGCUGUUGUCUAUGCUGUGGAGAAUCACCUGAAAGAUAUACUGACGUCAGUUGUGUCAAGAAGGAAAGCUUAUCGGUUACGAGAUGGCCAUUUUAAAUAUGCCUUUGGCAGUAAUGUGACCCCGCAGCCAUACCUGAAGAAUAGUGUAGUAGCUUACAACAACUUAAUAGAAAGCCCUCCAGCUUUUACCGCUCCCUGUGCUGGUCAGAAUCCAGCUUCUCACCCACCCCCUGAUGAUGCCGAGCAGCAGGCUGCACUCCUGCUGGCGUGCUCUGGAGACACACUGCCUGCAUCUUUGCCUCCGGUGAACAUGUAUGACCUUUUUGAAGCUUUGCAGGUACACAGGGAAGUCAUCCCUACACAUACUGUCUAUGCCCUUAAUAUUGAAAGGAUCAUCACGAAACUCUGGCAUCCAAAUCAUGAAGAGCUGCAGCAAGACAAAGUUCACCGCCAGCGCUUGGCAGCCAAGGAGGGGCUUUUGCUGUGCUAAAUUAGGAUUCGAGGGUGUGGGACCCUCACCAAAUUCAUUGAUUACUGAAAAUUGAAUGUUUUUGGGGUCCACAUUUCAAGGCUGAAGUGUAUAGUGUAUAUAUAACCUUUCCUAUGGAAAUGUGACAUUGAGUACAUUUUGUGUUGCUAUUGUGAAGCCGUUAAUAUAAAUCUUUGGUAAUGACCCAUAUUUCUAUAUGUGUGUAUGUUCCCAGUUGUGGGAGCAGUAACUAAUGAAAUCCUGUGCCUGAAAUGGAGAUAUUUAGUACCUGAGGCUUAGUGUCCUGUGGUUUGCAUGUAAGAUAGAUGACAUCCUAAAACAAGCUGUUAUAACUUAAUCCCCCUGAUCAGCAGGAUACCUGUGUGUUCAGUGACAUCAUACAUUCUGUAUCUAGUAGUCUAAAAUUUCUGCCUUUCUCCUAAAGAAUGUGUUCUUGCAUUUUGGUUGAAAUAACCUACACAGUGUUAAAAAUCAGAUACCUCCUUUAGUGACCAGUUUGAUUUUUAAUAGCCAUAGGUAGCCCCUGAGAAAUUUAUCACUAUAACUCCACAGGAAAUAUGACAUGGAAGUGCUCUGUGUACUAAACAAAAUAAAGUCCCUCUUAGCAUUUAAAACCAAAGUCAAAACAAAACUCUUGUAAUGCCGUUAAUUAACUUUAUGUCUUCCCAUGACUCAAGUUUUGUUAAAUAGGCCCCAAAACUUUGAUUGGCAGUUCCUUUGGUUAAUUAUUCCUAUAGAAUGUAUUUUAAGAAAUCUAUACAAAUUGGAUAUAUGCUUGGUAAUUCCCCAGUUUCUAGGAGGUACCUGUUUCUACCGUUUCAAGUGAUAAAGUGAAAAUAAUUUACAUUCGACAGUGUUACUGAUAACAAACCUACUUUAAGAGAUAUGUUGCUUUUUACUUAAGGGAUAGCGUUGAUAGAUAAAUUAGAAUGUAUAGAUAGGUUUGUGUCAGUCUAAAUAAUGGCUGUAUAGAUAUGUAUAUAUGGUUCACAUAUCUGGAUCUGUGUAUUUGAUUUUGUACUUUAAAUGUGACAAAUAAACCUUUUGGGAGAAAA